GUGUUGCGUUGCGUCCCAUCUUUGUACCAGGCGGUGGGUUCCUCACGUCCAAGCCACGUUGCCAUUCCUCCUGGCCCGAUUGCUCUCCUCCUCGCCCAGGCGAUCAUGUCGGAGUCCAUCGCACUCGCGGCGCCGUCGCUGCUCGCCGUGAAUGGCGGCGACAGACUGCUGCCCUCGUGCCUACGCUCCUCGCGGCGAGGGCUCCAGAGAGCGAGAACGGCGGGAACGGCGGGAUCGGCGGGAUCGGCGGGAUCGGCGGGACGAACCGCAGCAGAGGCUCCAGCGCGGCGUCGGGCUCGGAUCGCGGUGGCCGCGCUACGGCCGCGGUCGACGGGCCCGCUGUUCGCGCUGCCAGCGGUGGCGGGGGAGCUAGCGCACGAGCUGGCGCACCCGCACGCGGAUGACUGCAGCAGCGUGGGGCCCGCCGUGACGAAGGAACGGCUGGAGUCGUGGCUGCAGCGAUCGGCCGCCGAGAUCAUCGGCCACCUGGACGAAGCGCCCUUCUUCCACCUCAUCUUCGACGGCCCCGCGCGCCAAGGCUCCGCGUCCGACGCGCGUCAGCUGAGUCAGCGCGCUCCUACCGCUACUAGCAGCGCCGCGUACCAGCGGCUACCGGAGGGCGUCGUGGAGCACCCGGACAGCUGGUCGUCCGUCAGAAAAACCGUCGCCGGCGACAAUCCUGACGGCCUGAUCCUCGUGCACCGGCUAGAUCCGACGGAUCUGACGCGGCGGUACGGCGACGAGAUGGCGGGCGUUGUGGAGCAGCCGUUAGCGGCGCCAGGGCCGGGUAGCGUGUGCCAGACGGGGGUGUGGGGGCUCGUGGUGCUGGGGCGAUCAAGCCACCGGCACGCGUGCUUCAUUCUGAAGACGACGCGGUGCUCCGCCGCGUCCUCGUUAACGGCCACGCGGUUCUCUAUAACGCGUGCGCGGUGCUUUGGCCCGGGCGUGCACCAGCAGCUGGAGAACGCGUGGCUGGCCAGUAGAUAGAUGGAGACGGGGACUCCUGCACUGAGGGUUGUUGAUACUAAGGGGAGUAGAGAGCGUCCUCGUAAGAGAGCGUGUUGCGGUGCGGGGUAGCAGAUAGGUAGCGACUAACUUAUGGGGAGGAUGGGAGGGGAUGGGGGAGGGAGGGGGGAGUGUAGGUGGGGCGGUUGAGGGGAGGAUGAGGGUGUGCAUGGGUGUGGUACAGGGCCAUGGGAGAAGGGAGUUGAUCUCCUAAGGGGCGUUCCUGCAGUUGCUGAGCCACUCAACUGUACAGAGGAACAUUGCGUCAGAGGUCGCUUCAAGGCUUCAAGAUGUUUUCAAGGAUUAGGUAUCACAAGCGCCAUGAUAAUAUGUUAGGUCGCCGCCUAGUACGGUAUACGUUCAUUCUUUAUUGCACAUACAGAAAUAUGGUAGCUUGAUGCCGGAAAGUCUGGUCUGCAGUACCGCUGACAUACGGUAGUCCAGCAUCAAGCAGUGUGCGAUGUGCAUGCAUGUGCUGUCCGUAUCAGAAUUGUUGAAAGUACAUCAA